CAUGAGUGCCGUUUGUGUAACCCAUGCUGUUCUCUGCUGUAACCACUGUAAUCGUGCCUAAUUUCAUCACAGUGAUGAGAUAACUUACAAGCUGGGAUUGGAUUGGCUAUCUAUUUAUUUCGACUUCAGAACUAUGAACAACUGCCUCCAUGACCACGACGUGUCCAUGACAACUGCGAAGAAAUGAUGAGGCUUUCCCUUUUGCAGCAGGUCUAUACCGUAAGAAUAUCAAUAGUUACAACAUACUGAAAUCACUAUGAGUGAAACCCCAAACAUAAAAGCAAGAAACAGGUGCGCUUGCUAGUCAACAAUACAGGGUCAUCAUCAUCGGAAGGCAAGCGCCAGCCCAUGCGCCCAUGCGCCAGCCCAACAACCACACCGUCGUGUAACGCGGCGCUGUAUUUUGAACUUGCGGGUUAUCAAAUACGACAUCGUUCUUCGGUAGCUCUAGAGAAAAUCUAGGUAUUGCUGACGUGCUUGAUAUUAUGCUGACUUCUGUAAUCAAUGCUUAGCAAGCAACCGUGAUGGAAUGUAUCGAUACAAAUACUUCAAUGGACUCUGAUAUGGGUUCACAAGACUGCGACCCUGUCCUGACCAAAAAUACUCAGAGUAUCCAGUGUGCUUCCAGCACAUGUCAAAACCACGAAAGGUACUGUGCAGACCUCAAUUUUUAUCGGUUUCCCAAAGACAGAGCACGCUGUCGAUUGUGGGUAGAGAAAUGUGGAAAUAGUAAUCUUUUGAAUAAGCAACCUGAAGAACUCAACGUCGAUUACUAUUUAUGUGCUUUGCAUUUCGGGCCAUUUCAAUACCAGCAAGGUGCAGAUGAACAUCGACUACUACCGGAUGCUGUACCAACGAUAUUUCCUCAUAAAAAAAGAACGUACAGCGAGAUCGACCAUGACUACUUGAGUACUCCAAUCCCCACAUCUUGUACAGACUCAUCUCCGUCAGUGUCUUCAAUGCAAACUGCUGUGCCAAAUACAGUGUCACCAUGUGUAAAUAACAUUUCGUCAUUUACAACGAAAACUUUUAUCGCAAAGCCGUCGAAAGCAUCUGUUCCCUCAAAUGGUAGUGUCAGCGUUGCUGGAGCAACAAGUAAAAGAAGUGCAGCUCAGAAGAAGAGUCUUGUUGCUAAGAGACCAGCACAAGUGAAAGAAACUCCACUGCAGAAAUAUAUGCUUCUGUGUUCUGAGCUCAAGAGUGACCUGAGAAGCCUGCAGAAACACAGGGAGGAAGGAGAAAAACUGUCCUCAAAUGUUUUAGACUUGCUCCUCAGACAGGCAGAGCUGCUUCCCUUUGAAGAUGCCAUCUUUCUCACAGGAGCUUUGGUUAACUUCCAAGAGGAUCGUUACAGACAGACUGCUAGAAAUGUGGUCGAGUCUGCUACGAAGGUGAUAUGGCAGGAACAGUUGCUUCAUGGCACAGCUAAAGUUAGGAAACAGCCUGCUGCAGAAGUGGCAGUUUUUAUUAUGAAUAAGGAGCUUCCUGGCCAUAUUAUCAUAGGAAAACGAAAAAUAACUGUUGGUGGUGGUCUGUACCAAGUGCCAUGCGGAGAAAUUGAGUUCGGAGAGACUUGGGAAGAAGCAGCUUUUCGUGAAGUUCUCGAGAGCACAUCAUUACAUAUUAAAGAAAUUUCUGUCUGCUCCAUUGUGGAUACUGUAGAAAACAGUGCAGACUAUCACAGCGUAACAGUAUUUAUGCGUGGGUUUGUCAAUAGUAUUCGAGGAGUGGAACCUCAAGCCCUGCAGUCGUGUCGUUGUGACUCGUGGCAUUGGAGAAAAUGGACUGAUAUGCCACCUGCAGACUGUUUGUUCUGGUCACUAAGGGACUAUACACUAGAAAAUUUACAGCCCUUUGACUGAUUUCUCUGUAUGUUGCCACUGUAAUAUGGAAUGCUUCAUAUAUUCUUUACAUGCCACCAUUUUGACAUUGUGAAUCAUCGUGGGCAUUAUGAUAAGCAUAAUCAAAUACUUCAUUUGGUGCUUAGCUUGUCAUGAAACACUAGUGCGACAUUUUUCAUAUGUAUUGAGGCACAAUAAAUAGUGUUUUUGUUAGCCUCC